AUGGCUAAAUUUUUAUGUUCCCGAUUGGUAGUGGUGCUUCCUUAUCUCAUUCAAUCGAAUCAGGGUGCUUUUGUUCGGGGUAGAUCUAUAGCUCAUAAUAUCAUGAUUCUUCAAGACUUAAUUAAGAAUUAUGGUAGAGCGAUUACCUCUCCUCGGUGUGCAGUCAAGAUCGACCUUAGUAGGGCGUAUGAUAUGGUUGAUUGGAAUUUUUUGGAAAACUUAUUGAAGGCCUUAUGUUUUCCUUCAAAGUUCAAUAGUUGGGUCAUGAAAUUGAUCAGGAGUACUUCUUAUUCUCUGCUGAUUAAUGGUCGAGUUCAGUGCACUUUCAAGGGGGGUAAAGGUCUGAGGCAAGGGGACCUAAUGUCCCCUCUUCUCUUUGUUCUCAUUAUGGAGUACAUGACCAGAUGCUUACAAUCUGAUGCCAGGUCCUCUUCAUUUCGGUUUCACCCGAUGUGUAAGAGCUUGAAACUCAUUAAUCUAUGUUUCGUAGAUGAUGUUAUCCUGUUUUGUAAAGGCUCUGUUGCGGCUGUGACUGUUCUGAAAGACUCUCUAAAGAAGUUCAAUGAAGCCUCUGGGUUGUCUAUCAAUUCCAAGAAGUCCCAGGUUUAUUUUGGAGGGGUUAUAGUAGAGGAUAGGUCUGAGAUUUUGCAGGUUCUGCUUCUUCCAGCUGGGUCUUUCCCUUUGCACUAUCUUGGAGUGUCGUUGAGGCCUACAAAAUGGAAGCACAUGGACUGUCGUUUACUUCUCAUUCAAACUGUUCUGUCUGGUUUAAGGAAUUUCUGGAUGUCUGUUUUCACUUUACCCCAAAGUAUCAUUAAGGAAGUGGAAAAGUUGUGCAGGCAGUUUCUUUGGGGGGCCUCGGGAACUCGAAGUAAGUUUCAUUUGGCUUCAUGUCACCAAGUUUGCUUGCCUAAGGCAUACGGUGGUCUUGGUCUAAGGGAUGGCACUAGCUGGAAUAGGGCCCUUCUUGCCAGGUAUAUAUGGGCUGUUUCGACCAAACAAGACUCUCUUUGGGUUAAGUGGAUUCAACAUGUCUACCUAAAGGGGGUGAACUUCUGGGAUUAUGUGUUGAAGCAAGAUAGUAGCUGGUAUUGGCGUAAGCUAUAUCAUCUCAGAAAUAGGUUCAAUGAAAGAAAGAUCUUGGCUGCUGGUAUAUCAGGGAUUUUCAAGCCUUCAAAGCUGUAUAACAGCUUCCUAAACCAGCAAGUUAUGGCCUACAAGAAUGGGGUCUGGUGUCGCACUAUUCUCCCUAAGCAUAGGUUUCUUUUAUGGAUGGUUGUAAACUCAUUCCUCCUAACUAUAGACAACUUGGCCAAAUGCACCAUCCCUCUUGACAGCCUUCUUUGCCCUGUUUGUGAAGAUCAGUGGGAGAGUCAUAACCAUCUUUUCUUUGACUGCUGUUUGUCCAAGAAGGUUCUGAAUUGCAUAUUUUCCUGGCUGGGUUUUCGUGCUUGGGCUUCUAGCUACUCGGUCUGGACCAUGGGGCUCAGCUUUAGCCAGAAAAACAGAUUGAGCUUGACCAUAAAUAUGAUCCUUGCAGCUGUAGUUUAUCAAAUCUGGAGGAAUAGAAAUAGAUGUAUAUAUGAUGGCUUCUCCUUAACAGCUAACUGUAUAGCUAAAGAAGUAGUUACCUUAGUUCAAUACUGA